GAAAUGUCAUGUGCUAUGGCAACUGACAUUCUGGAAUUUCUUUUUCGAUCGAAUUCAGCAGCCAUUUUGGAGACCAUACAAAAGUUUUCAAGCACUGCUAAUUACUUUGUUACGAUAGUGGUUCAUCGUACUGAGCUUUCAUGAUUGGAUUACCGCGUAGCGAUAGAGAUAGAGAUCGUAUAACGGUGAAAAUUCGUAACAUGAAGAGGAGCUCAUCCAGGGACAGUAUGCCGCGAUCGAAAAGGACGCGUAGUAGUAUUGGACGGUAUGACGAUAGUUCCGAUGAACGCAUUACACCGGAUAGGGUGCGCCGGCGGGUGCGGUCGCCCAGCCCUCGCGGUCGAUAUGUAUCGCCUCACCGCGAAGACUAUGUGCGUUCCCGAGAGGUAAGAGAAGAGUCCGUGCGUCCUUAUUAUAAGGUGCUGUGUGUCAGUGCCCUCCACCCUAAGGCGUCCGACGAAAUCAUCAAAGAUACCUUGUACCGCGAAUAUAAAAAGUUCGGCGAUUUCAGCAUCAAGAUUUCUCACGAGUUGGACGAACGCGUAGCGUAUGUAUGUUUUCGUAGUGUUGAAGAUGCGAGGGAUGCAAAACACGCCAAACCCAGGAUUAUUUUAUAUGACAAAGUGGCCAUUGUAGAUCCCGUGUAUGAACCGGUGAGAUCGGAGUAUAGGAGCAGGCCAAGGAGUUUAACCCCACCCGAUUAUGAGCGCCCGUACUCUUACGCAUGGUCCCCGGUUCCCGAAAGACGCCGACCACCACCCGAUGAGAGAGCUUAUGGAAUGCCCCCAGCAGUACCACCACACCAUCGCGAAUUUCGUCCUCCAAUGCACGACUAUCCAAUGGCUGGACCCCAUGGGCCUCCGAUGCAUCACCGCCCGCCCAUGCAUCAUCCCCCACAUCCUCACUACAUGCCCCGGCCGUACAUGCCGCGUCCGCAUCAUCCACCUUUUGAGAAAAUGGAGAAUAAAAAAGAUAAAUUCCCCAACUAUUUGCAUCAUGUCCAGCCUGAAGAUGAUCCUUUGGCUACACGAACAUUGUUUGCAGGGAAUUUAGAAAUAAAUAUAUCCGAUGAGGAAUUACGCAGAAUCUUUGGGCGGUAUGGAAUUGUUGAAGAUAUAGAUAUUAAAAGACCACCUCCAGGUACUGGAAAUGCCUUUGCAUUUGUCCGUUAUCAAACUUUAGACAUGGCACAUCGUGCUAAAGUUGAGCUUUCCGGACAAUAUAUUGGGAAAUUCCAGUGUAAAAUAGGAUAUGGGAAAGCUACCCCAACAACUCGUGUAUGGGUAGGAGGACUAGGGCCCUGGACAUCAGUUGCACAACUUGAAAGGGAGUUUGAUAGGUUUGGUGCCAUAAAAAAAAUUGAAUAUGCUAAAGGUGAACCACAUGCAUAUAUUUUAUAUGAUUCAAUAGAUGCAGCUCAAGCUGCAGUUAAAGAAAUGCGAGGAUUCCCCUUGGGAGGACCUGAUAGACGUCUGCGCAUUGAUUUUGCUGAUGUUGGACCUGGGGGUCCAUUCAGGCCUAAAACAUUUGCACCACCUGUAGGAGAAGAGGGACGAUCCACAGAGGCAUAUGAAGGCUAUGAAGGUACUUGGGAAGAAGGUUAUGGAUAUAGUGGUGGAUACAGAGGCAGGGGAGGGAACAGAGGUCGCGGUCGUGGAAUGUACCGUGGCGUGUAUCACGGCACUGGUGAUUAUCGUGAUGAAGAGUGGAGGAGGCCACCAGAAGCAGAAUACGAGGGACAAAUUCGCCGAUCGGGAUCACGCGAACCAGGUGUCGAUAGGUCUCGAUCCCGAUCUCCACGUCGCCGAUCGCCUGACAGCGAUUCCGAUGGUUCCCCCCGCCGCGGCGGUGGAAUGCUCGUUUCUGCUAGAACAUUACCUGAAGUGGUUCGCAAAGCCACCACUAUAUGGAAUGGUGCAUUAAUCUUGAAAAAUUCACUGUUCCCAACUAAAUUCCAUCUUACAGAUGGCGACUCUGAGAUUAUUGACAGUUUAAUGAAAGAUGAGGAAGGCAAAAAUCAACUAAGAAUCACUCAGAGACUUCGCUUGGAUCAGCCUAAACUAGAUGAUGUACAAAAGCGCAUAGCAACAUCCAGUUCGCAUGCUAUCUUCUUAGGUGUGGCAGGAUCUACUGCAUCAAUUACAAAUGAGGAUAGCAGUAUUCAGACAAGACCUAUGAGAAAUUUAGUGUCCUAUUUAAAGCAGAAGGAGGCUGCUGGAGUGAUAUCUCUACUGAACAAAGAGACUGAGGCCACUGGUGUACUGUAUUCUUUCCCACCCUGUGAAUUUUCGACUGAGCUACUGAAGAGGACUUGUCACAACCUCACUGAAGAGAGUCUUAAGGAGGAUCAUUUGGUCAUAGUAGUAGUGCGAGGAGGGUCCGCCUAACUUUAUACAAGUAGUAAUAUAGACCAGCUGUGUUAGCUUAAGAUUUUCUAAUAAUUCUUUAAUAUUUUCAGAAUGUUAUAAAAACAUUUUUUUUAUUAUAUAGCUAUUGUGACGUGUAGUGUUUUGUGAGGUGUAUGUAAAACAAAUUGUGAAGGUUCCAAUACAUUAUCAAUGUGCAAGUGCUGUGAAUGUCACAGUUACAGUGUAUAGCAAUCAUGUAUUGCAUUUUAGGAAGUUUUUAUUUUAUUAAAAUUAGUUUUGCUAGAAUACUUGCAAGAUGUUUACAAUGUGUACUAUAUCAUAAAAGUUAUAGUGUAUACUUUUUAAUCAGUGUAAAAGUUAGGUGACGUGUAGUGUGUGUGAACACAAAUAGAAUAUUUUAUUCCA